AUGGGUAAAACGCAGUCAAAGUUGAGUCAAGAGCAACUUCAGGAACUUCAAGAGCUUACUAAAUUUGAUAAAAAAGAACUUCAGCAAUGGUAUAAAGGAUUUCUUAAAGACUGCCCUACUGGGCAUCUUUGUAAAGAGGAGUUUCAGGGUAUUUAUAAGCAGUUUUUUCCUUUUGGAGAUCCGUCAUCGUUUGCAAACUAUGUGUUUAAUGUGUUUGAUAUGGAUAAGAAUGGUAUGAUUGAUUUUAAAGAGUUUAUAUGUGCUUUAUCUGUUACAUCUCGUGGGCGUCUUGAGGAAAAGCUAGUAUGGGCAUUUCGUCUUUAUGAUAUUGAUGAUGAUGGUGUUAUUACAUAUCAAGAGAUGCUUCAGAUUGUGGCAGCAAUUUAUAAAAUGGUUGGAAGUAUGGUUAAGCUUCCAGAAGAUGAAGAUACUCCGGAAAAACGUGUUAAUAAAAUCUUUUGUAUGAUGGAUAAGGAUCACAAUGGUUGUCUCACAUUGGAAGAAUUUCGAGAAGGAAGUAAGAAGGAUUCAACAAUUGUUCAGGCCUUGAGUCUCUAUGAUGGUCUUGUGUGA